GCGGCUACUGUUAUAAAAAAGAGAGAGAGCGAGAGAGGGGAAAAAAAAAGAGCUGAGUAAUGCUGGAGCUUUCUGCGGCUGAUGCAAACCUGGAGAAUUUGCAUCAUCAUUUAUCUGGAGUAAGUUGGUGUGACAGGCAGGAGCUUAAAUACAAGCCCACGAGGAGGCUGCCUGGUUUCUAAUGACAGCAUAGACUCAGCUGCGGCAACAGAGAGAGGAGGAGGAGGAGAGGAGGAGGAGAGGAGGAGGAGGAGGAGGAGGAGGACGGGAGCACCAUGACCACACAGGUGUUUCUCAGCACUGAUCACUGAGCAGGCAAGGAGCAAACUUUUACCGUCUGAGUUUUCCUCUUGCCUGCAAGGGAUCACCUGAAGGUCCCAGCAAGAGACCAGCCGGUCUCAGGAGCAGUAGCCCAGGGUUGAAGUUUGGGGGGGCGUGGGGGUUUGUGGGGAGCAUGGUCAGGAAGCCCAGCCUGGCCCGGGGCAGCCUCCUGGCGGGCGGCGCGAAUGGGGGGCCGCCCGCCGUGGCCCUGAAGAAGAAGAUCACGCUGCUGCGGGGGGUGUCCAUCAUCAUCGGGACCAUCAUCGGCGCGGGCAUCUUCAUCUCCCCCCGGGGCGUGCUGCAGAACACGGGCAGCGUGGGCCUGUCCCUCACCGUGUGGACGCUCUGCGGGCUGCUGUCCCUGUUUGGGGCCUUGUCUUAUGCCGAAUUGGGAACCAGCAUUAAAAAAUCUGGUGGUCAUUACACGUAUAUUCUGGAAGCCUUUGGCCCAUUACCAGCUUUUGUGCGCGUCUGGGUGGAGCUCCUCAUAAUACGCCCUGCAGCCACUGCUGUGAUAUCCCUGGCUUUUGGGCGCUACAUUCUGGAACCAUUUUUUGUCCAUUGUGAAAUUCCUGAACUUGCCAUCAAACUCAUUACAGCUGUCGGCAUCACUGUAGUGAUGGUCCUAAAUAGCGUGAGUGUCAGCUGGAGUGCCCGGAUCCAGAUUUUUCUAACCUUUUGCAAGCUCACAGCAAUUCUGAUAAUUAUAGUCCCCGGAGUUAUGCAGCUAAUUAAAGGGCACACCCAGCACUUUAAAGAUGCCUUUUCUGGAAAUGAUGCGAGCAUUGUACGUUUGCCUUUGGCGUUUUACUACGGAAUGUACGCCUACGCGGGCUGGUUCUAUCUCAACUUUGUUACUGAAGAAGUGGAUAAUCCUGAAAAGACCAUCCCCCUGGCCAUCUGCAUUUCCAUGGCCAUCGUCACCGUCGGCUACGUCCUGACCAACGUGGCUUACUUCACCACCAUCAGCGCCGAGGAGCUGCUGCUUUCGAAGGCCGUGGCCGUGACCUUCUCUGAGCGGCUCCUGGGCAAUUUCUCCCUCGCGGUUCCCGGGCUCGUAGCCCUCUCCUGCUUCGGCUCCAUGAACGGCGGGGUGUUUGCUGUCUCCAGGCUGUUCUACGUGGCAUCCCGGGAGGGUCACCUGCCGGAAAUCCUCUCCAUGAUCCACGUCCGAAAGCACACUCCGCUGCCGGCCGUGAUCGUCCUGCACCCUCUGACGAUGAUCAUGCUCUUCUCCGGGGACCUCAACAGUCUUCUGAACUUCCUGAGUUUUGCCAGGUGGCUUUUCAUUGGCCUGGCUGUGGCGGGGCUGAUUUAUCUCCGAUACAAACGCCCGGAUAUGCACCGUCCUUUCAAGGUGCCGCUCUUCAUCCCGGCCUUGUUCUCCUUCACCUGCCUCUUCAUGGUCGCCCUGUCCCUUUACUCCGACCCCUUCAGCACGGGCAUCGGCUUUGCCAUCACACUGACCGGCGUCCCCGCCUACUAUCUCUUCAUUAUCUGGGACAAGAAACCCACGUGGUUCCGGACAGCAUCAGACAGAGUAACCAGAACAUUGCAGAUAAUACUGGAAGUUGUACCAGAAGAAGAUUGUCAUAAAUUAUGAAUUAUGUGAAAUCUUGGCAAUCUGUUUCCAGCCCGUUUCUGCCCAAUGGGCAAAAAUGCACUUUGGAGCUUCACUUCAUUUUCUGAAAAUCCGUGAUUGCAACUUUGGCGAUGGACAAAAGGAAUCAGUUUCUAUCUCUGUUCAAACUGGUUUCCCAGAGACUUAGUUGUGACUCCGUUUUCUGUCGAGUUCCUGUGCAAAUGAACUAUGAGUUCGCAAGGUUCUGAAGUGCCUGGCACCUCCUGCCAAGAAGAGAAUGCACAAGUGUUUGAGUGGUGAUUCUCUGCAUCACGUUUUCCCAUGGAGAAAAGCCUUUAUAUUGAAGAUGAGGUCUUUUCUGUAUGUGAUGGUUUUUAUAAAAACGAGCAUUUGUAUAGUGUGGAUGACGCUACUGUGAAAAGUGUUUUCUACUCGUAUUAAAAAAAAAAAAACAAGUCUAUCCUCAUGAUGACCUCGAGGUAGGGCAUUUAUUUAACGUUGACAUUGCUCUGCUUUGCUUUAGCAAUUUAGAUCACACUUACCUUUUAAUGGGUGACGCCCAGAACAUUUUUUGAACAAAAGACAGAGGAAACUAUGCCUUAUUUUCUUGAGAACAUUAAACAAGAGCUUGUAGGAGCUAUUCUCUAGGAGACAAAACUAGGAGAGGUGCAAAUAUCUUGGAGAAUUAGUGAUGCUAGAAGUGUUUCCACUCAUUAUUACCAAGUCUAUGGUUUUGUGCCAUUAUGUUUUCAUUUUGGCCCAUUUGAUUAGGAAAGUUAGUAACCAACUUUCUUAGAGUGAAGCAGUAGUCAGACAGUUAAUCUUCUUAAGCACCUCCACCUAUUUCACUACAUAAACCUGAAUCGUGCAAUUAAAAAUGGUCAAAUGACAACAAAAUAGAAGAUUGAAGUCACCACGCUAGUAGCCCCAAUGUUAUAUGGAUUUCUGUAAUCUAUCUAUAGGCAAUUUUGUAAUUCUGAACUUUAAAAAAAAAGUAGCUAUUUUUACAUGGUGAUAAAUUUUGACAGUUUGUAUAUUUCCUUUCUACAUUUUACAUUUUAUAUUCGGUUAAAAUAUCUCUGUGGCUGAAACUGUCCAGAUCAAUUAGGAAAAGGAAUAUAUUUACAUAAAUAUUGAGGCAGAAAUGUCACUGCUAAGUAAGAUUUACUACUGAUAUUUCUGAAAAUUUUCCAUUUGUCGAGGCUUUGUCAGUAACUUCUUCACUUUAAUUAUCAUUCAACUUGCCAAAGAGAUAUCUAAUACACACAUUCAUGCAGUUUCUCUCUCUCUCUCUCUCUCUCUCUCUCUCUCUCUCUCUCUUUAUUAUCAGACAGGUGGUAUUUCGCUAGGUUUAGAAAAUAGUGUGAACUUUUCAAAAGAGAGUAACAUAUAUCUAAGGUUAAAUGGUUCAUUAUGGCCAGAAUAUGUGUCACUCUUUAAUUUUUUUCCAUUUGAAAUAAUGUUUUAGAAGAAUUAUCCUGAAUGAAAUUAUUAAGAACAGAUGUGAGAGUUCAUAAAAAAUUGAUCAGGGUAAAAUUGAUUUGUAAUUUGAAGAAAACCCAAUUAACUAAUUUCAAAUUUUGUGCUUGAUAUAUGUGUGUGCAUAUAUAUGUGUGUGUAUAUGUAUAUAUAUACACACUAUAUAUAUAUAUAUAUAGACUUUUUAACGGGAGAUUCUUUUAGGGUCUAUCAAUAAAUUUAUAAAGAUUACAUCCCUUUUCCCUUACUGUAGGGGUCUAAAAAUUUAACCUGUAUUCUCUACAACCUAUAUUCAUUUGUCUGCAUUUCUCUCUAUUGUUGCUAGAGAUAAAAAGAGAUUUGGUUAAAUUCCCAUUUAUAAUGGUAUGUGUCCAUAUGAUUUAAAUCAACAGUGAUUGUGUUUGUGCCUGCCCCGUGAAACCCGAUGAAGUCUCCUGGAAAAGUUUGUGUAGUUCCCAAUGAUUCCAGAGGUUGAUGUGUUUCUAACAGCUGUGGUGGCAGAUUAGGUUCCUUGUUGUAAUUUUAGGUUAUUUUGGUCAUAAUUUAUAUUUAUAUUUUAUGACCUAACUAGACUAUUUAUUGUUCAUUCCACUAAUUUCAAAAAUCUGUUUUGCAUUGGUAAUUUAUGCUAUCACUGAACUCUGCGCCAGGCUGUUUUCACUCGGGGCACCCCAGAGGGAGUCGGCUGAGAACCCUCCCCACCCCAAGGCCCUGGCAGCCGACCUUCACCAUCCAACCGUCACCACACUCCAGGCCACUUUCCGACUGCACAGCUACAAAGUAGCUGUGUGACACAUUAUAAGACACUUCCUACCCAUUUUCCAUAAUUACCACACCAUAUUUGGGUAAUGUAUAUAUACCUCUUGGAGAGCCCGGCAAGCUACUGAGUGUAUCCGGCCCGCGCGGGCAGAGCCUGGCAAGCAACCCAUUCUGUAUUCGAUAUGCCAAAAACAGUAACGAUAGGUCUCAUUCCCCUGACCCUGAAAGAGCCUCCAAUCAUUGGGAAAGACGAGUAAGGAGAGGCUGCUAAAAUCUCAGGGCUGGGAGGAAUAGAAAUGUUACUGGCGCCCGCUUGAGUAAAUCGAUGAACAACGGGAUGACAGUGAUACAGUGAUCAUUGUACUAUACCUUUUCCUAAAUCAGUCAUUUAAGAAAAGUAAUACAGAUUUGAGGUAUAUGUCAACCUUUUAUUAUUUUUUUUUCUCAGCCUGUUUUUUAAAGAUGAGUCAUGGAAAGAUGAAGUCUUCUUGCAAUUGGGAAUCAAAAUUCAUAAUUUUUUUUGUAGAAUGCUAUCCUGCCCAAUAGUUUGAAAACUCUCCUAUGCACACACAUGUAUACUUUUAUAUUAUAUGAAAUAUUUGUUCAAGAUCAGAGAGAUCAUCCAGGGGUUCUGGCACUUGUCUUGCAUGCAGCUGACCUUGGUUCAGUCCUUGGCACUGUACAGGGUACCCCGAGCACCACUAGUAGAAAUCCCUGGGCACAAAGCAAGCACGGAGCCCUUAGCAUUGCUGCAUGUGACUGAAAACCAACAAACCUAUUCACUCGUUCAUAUAUUUGGUAUAUAGAUUUAUUGUAGCACAAAUGUAAAAGUGGUCAUUGUAGCAUAAGAAAAUUAAUAUGCUGUUUCUAAGCAUGCUGGAUUUGGUGGCAUAGAGAAUUCCUAGUAUUUAGUUAGAUCAAGGUAAGACUUCCAAAACCGAAAAUAUUGGUAGAAAUAUAGACUGAUAGUCCACAUAGCAUUAUAAAGUAUUUUAUGGAAUAUUUUGGAUCUUAUUUUAUGUAUUUGCAGGAGAUCAAAUUGCCACUUAAAAAUUCUUCCAACUAUUUAAAAAUCUUUCCAUUAUUUAAAAGAUGAGGUUAUAUUGCUGAGAUUUUUGUUGGAUUAAAUGAAGAAAAUCUGACUUUUUAAAUGGCGAUUUGAUCUCCUGCAAAUAUAUCUUGGUCUUGUCUUUCUUGAGACUGGAGAGUUUUCCUGGAAAGAAUGAUGGUAGUCUGCAAGAUAGCUAACAGGUGUGUGCAUGCACUGUGUGCACACAUACCUGUGUGCUAUUCCUCUUCCACCCCGUGGUGAAAAAACACGAGGACAGGUGAUGAUUUGGUUACAUAAUAGUUGUUGGUAAUUUAACACUAAAACAUGUCUGUGCCAAAUAUGCAUAUUGUCUCAUGUGCCUGGCAAAGUUGUCACCCCAUUGCUGCCGUCAGGAUGAGUAGCCCAAGCUUGAUCAUUUCUCUCACCACAAUGCUCUGUGAGCUAUCAUCGGUCUUCAGAAAGUCCUUACCUUAUCCCUGCUUGCAGGUGAAUGUAUUGCUCAGAAAGGGGACAUCUUUGACCUGGAGUUGCUCUCUUAAAAUUGAAGGAUGGGUUAUGAAAAGCGAGAAAACUGGAGAUUAGAGUAGCUGAAAUUAAAGGUGUUGUGUGAUUGGAGGUGACAAUAUUUUGCUAUAAUUUAUUGUGCACUGUAAUCAGCUGUUAUAAUUGAUGGGCACAGAUAACUUUCCCAGGAAGCCUGUGGGACAGAAGCUCCAGGCUGCUUAACUUAGACUGUCCCUUUCAAGUCCUCUCCCUCAGUUUGCAUUAGGAAGUUUUCACUAACUUUCUUCUAGACCAGCAAAAUUAUAUUACACUCCUGGUCCUGCAAAGUCUCUAUCUGACCCUCAGACAGGUAAAAUGACUGCAGCUAUGAGCUACAUUUCUCAUAUGAUCAGAUAAGAAAUAAGUAGAAAAUUUUUAGGAUUUUAAAAAAUAAUGUAGUGAGCUGAUUGAAGCUUCUAUGUGUAAGUAUAAGUGGUUUUCUCCAUAAUGUGCAUUAUGGGAUAUACAAGGACAGGGUUUUACCUUUGACGUAUUUUAUGUGUGAGUUUUGAGCCAUACUAACACAAUGGGCUUUUGACCGUAGUUAUUUUCAUUAGUUUGUAAAAGAAAGUGAUUUGGAAUUUGAAUGCAGAUGACUCAAGAAAUUUAUGCUUUACUUGAGUAUAAUCUUUCUUCAUCCUACUGUAUGUAAUAUGGAAUGUGUUAAGUGCUGGUAAUGUUUACAGAGUUAUAUCUUUCCUAACAAAGGCAGGAAUUUGAUAGGAAAGAUAAAGUUCUACAAAUGGCACUGUAGAACUGGUAAGAAGUAGGUAGAGGGUACAAAUUAGAGGAGCUAAUGAAUCAUCUUGACAGCUUCCAUUUACAUUUAACAUAUAGUAAAAAUAGCUAUAAUUAUUUUAGGUUAAUUUCCCAAUAAACAGUGUUUUUAAUCUUUUUCAGUAUAUAUGCCACAUAAUGGUGUUAUCUCUAGGUGGUAUUCAUACUAAAGAUCUUCUUGAUGGCCAAUUGGAAGAUUGUUCGUUUUUGCAUUUUCAAAAUUACUUGGCAUCUAAAAAUAAUUCUUGGCCUAUUUUUAGCACUUAUAGAAAAAUCACAAAGGCGUAAAUCAUGGUCUCAUGGAGAAUUAACCAAUUUUCCAUCUGUGGUGAAAUACUUCCUUACAACCUUAAAGGGCUAUUAACUCAAUUUUUUUGUUGUUGAGGGAAUCAACAAUUCUUUUUGUUUUAUUUUUAACAUUUCAACAUCUCCUCAGUAGAGGAGGGAGACUGCAAUUUGAUGCGAUUAACUUGGUUCUUUGUGAAGAAGCUGCCUUUUAGAGUUACUUCCUAGGGAGGUCCCUUUUUUCUCUUCCUAUUGGAUGUAAAAUAUCACUAAUAAUGAUGAGAGUUUCCAAAUAGAUAACGGUUAGAUGUGCACGUCACAGAUGCUUGGAUCAAGGGUACAUCCACAGUGUCACUGUCUCCUAGCAGUUUCGUGGAUCAAAGUGCUUUCGGGAGUAACAGUUCUCUCAAGGAACUCUCAGAGCACUGGGGCUCUGCCAUGUAUCCCCCAAGAGGGACCCCAGAGCUUGAAAGCAGACACACUUACCCCCACCUGGGCACUCCUGCUUCUAGUUUCUCAGAAUGACUUUUGACUGGAUUUCCUUAUUAGUUUGAAGACCUGCUUGCCGACUCCUCAUGACCGCUGUGGACACCUUCGAAGGUGGCACAGAGAGCUGGAGAGGGAACAUAGACUGAGAGGCACUUAGCUCUGGCAGCUGUGUCACCGGCCAGUGGUGAGCAGUGUGACUUAAGCAAGGACGUGAGGCCGGAUCACAGUUCCUCCUGUGAAGCAAUGCAGUGUCUUCCCUGGGUUUAGGUUGCACUGUCUUAGGCUCAGGGUUUCUGGAUUAUUAUUAUUUUUUUUUUUGGUCCUGGAAUUUCCCCUUCGUUCCAAUCUUGUAUUUACUGACUAUAAUAAUAUAAAGUAUAUCGUGUUGAGAAAUACUACUCUGAGCAUUUAGACUUGUUCCAAAUGAGUGUAUGCUGCGGCAGUAGUAACCUUUGACAUGAAACUACUGUGUACUUUACUGAUUUCAAACACUACCAUGUAGCACUUUUAUUGUACUUUUGUGUGUUCUACACAGAAACAAUAAGAAUCAUCCCAAAAUUUUUAGUGUUGGAUUAUUUUUAUCCUCUCCCUGGAGAAAUGAGUUAUCUAAUAGUUUUUCCUUGUGAAUAUGUUUAACUACUGCUGAAAAAUCUGUCAAGUGUUGAUACUUAGAUUUUAUAAACAGGGGUAUCUACUCAGAGAGUGUAUAUCAGCUUG